ACAGUGGAGACCUCCUCGCCGUCUCUGUGCGUACCUGGGGAGUGGGGCUGCAGCACUGGGCAGGCAGGCGCUGGGAGUUCAGCUGAGUUGCCUCAGGGGCCAGGAAGAAGAGCAUUAGGAACAAAGUUCUUCAUACAGAUCAUGAGCCACAAGGGUAGAUAUUUUGAGGAGGAGAAUGACACUCCAAGACUGGCUCAAAGGAUCCUCCAGCGAAACUUCAGUCAGCGUUCUUUCAGCAUCAAUAAAAGGGAUUUAGAAGACAACUAUGUUGAUGCUUUGGAUCCGGAGAGGUUAAUACAAUGUCCAUAUGAUAAAUCUCAUCAAAUCAGGGCCUGUCGGUUUCCCUAUCAUCUUAUAAAGUGCAGGAAGAACCACCCUGAUGUUGCAAAGCAGCUAGCCACAUGCCCCUUUAAUGCCCGCCAUCAGGUUCCCAGAGCUGAGAUCGGCCAUCAUAUCUCAAGCUGUGAUGACAAAAGCUGCACUGAGCAAGACAUUGUGAGUCAGUCGAAUAACUGCCACAGAGAGAAGAUGAACACUGUCAGCAUGUGGCAGCCGCCCCCAUGUGACGAAGACUGGGAUAAAGAUCUACAGGAGCAAUCAAAUUCUACGUUUGUUUGGGGCACGUUCAAUAGUGGCAUAAACAGCCCUGGGUCCAGCGUAGUGAUGGAACCAAAGAAUAAGCUAAUGCCAGGCAUGAGAGCACCCAAGUCCUUGCCAUAUAGCCUAUCCUGGAAAAGCAACGCAGAUGAGUCUGGUGCUACUUCUUUUGUUCUUGGCUCCAAGACAAAUCACACCUUAAGCACAAGUCAAAGGUAAAAGCUAACUCUCCUCUCACGUCUUCUCAGAUCAGGCUGGGUCCCUCACGGGCG